AUGAAAUUAGAUAAUAAAGCUAUGCAGUAGCCUGAUAUUGAAAAAUAGAUUAAGAGUUAAAGAAACUAAGAGGAAGCAAAAAUGACUGAAAGUCAAACAUACGAAAACUAGUAUGAUUGGAGGUAAGGUUAUAGCCUUGUUAGUAGAAUUUUAAUGAUGAAUCUGUUAAGCAUAUCAAUGAACAUUAAAAGAGUUCUUAAAAAAGGCUUAAACAUAAAUCUCGUAAACCUUUAGAAGUUGAAUGAAGAUGAGAAAUGUGAAACUACUUCUAAGAAAUUCCUUGAAAAUUUGGAGAAAUAUCAAUCUGAAAGACCUCUCAAACCUUACAUUGUCUUUAAAUCGCUUAUAUCUGUAUUCAAGCUUAAGUGCUUGACUGUAAUAUUCUUUUCAAUUCUUGAUGCAUCUUUUGAGAUUUUUAACUCUGUUGCGCUUAACUUUUGCAUUCAAAGUUUGGUAGAUAAUGAUAAAGGAAUGGCUUAUGGCUGGGCAGGUAUUAUGAUGGGUUCUAUGUUUAUUUCGAAUUUACUUAGAUGCUAUAGCUGGUCUUUGGGCUUCAAUAUGAAUUCUCAACUAAGAGCUGCAGUUAUAAACUCUAUCUAUUUAAAGAUCAGUAAGUUAAGCAAUUUCGCAGUAAGGUCCGCUAAUUUAGGAAAAGUUAUUAACCUAGUUUCAAGCGAUAUGAAUACAACUGAGUUGAAAUUUAUAUAUCUAUUUCAGAUGAUUAUUGGAGUUUACACUAUCACUAUUGCUUUGAUUGUUUUGGCAUUUAGACUUGGUCCUUUAGGUAUGUUGAGUAUUGCAUUUUUGAUCAUCAUUCUUCCUAUUCAAUCUUUGAUUGGAAAAGUAGCAUCUAGAUACACUUCGAAAAGAGUUUAGAAAAGUGACGAGAGGAUCAAAUUAAUUAAUGAAAUUAUUGAAGGCAUUAGAAUUAUCAAAAUUUAUGGAUGGGAAGAAGCAAUGAAGAACAUUAUUAACAAAAUAAGGUCUGAAGAAGUUUAGCUAAACAUAAAAGCCUAUUUUUUUUAGUUUGUUGAAAGAGCUAUGUCCUCCUCUGUUGUUUUAUUUAGUCUAAGUUUAACUUUUAUCAUAAUUUACUAUCAAGGAAGCUAUACUUUAAAUCUCGCUAAUAUCUUCUCAACCAUAUAGACUCUUUCCUAUUUGAAAAUCAAUGUGGUUUAAUUUUACGGUUAAGGAUUUUCUUACAUAUUUGAAUUGUAAAUAUUCUUGAAGAGAUUCAUAGAUAUCUUCAAUAUCAAAGAUAUCACUUAACAAAAGUUAGAUUGCUCUUUGGAAAAUGUUUAAAAGAUAUAACCCAAUGAGAUCGCUAGGUUUGAUAAGUUUUUUUCAUUCUGGAAAACUCCUUCUUUUCAAAUAAAGCAAAAGACAAAUAAUUAAAUUCCUUCAAUCUAUAAUACCUAGGCUGCAAUAUAAGAAUCAGAGUCUCUUUCACUAGAAGAAAUUAAACCAACGCUAAAAAAUCUCUCAUUUAGCAUUAAUAAAGGAGAGUUAUUAGCAGUAGUUGGAAAAGUUGGCUGUGGAAAAACCACAUUACUUUAAAUAUUUCUCAACGAAAUACCACAUUUUAAGGGAUACUAUGAAGUAUAGAAACUAAAUGAAUAAGGUAAUCCCUUAAAAAUUUCUUAUGUUGAGUAAGAACCAUACAUUUUUUCUGGUACAGUGAGAGAAAAUAUUUUGUUUGGCUCUUAAUACGAUAAGCAAUGGUAUGAUCAUGUUGCUAAAAACUGUUGCCUGUUAUAAGACUUUAAUUAAAUGGAUUAAGGAGAUUUAACAGUUAUAGGAGAAAGAGGAGUUAAUCUAAGCGGGGGAUAGAAGGCUAGAAUUUGCUUGGCAAGAGCCGUUUACAGUAAAUCUGAUUUGUACCUUUUAGAUGAUCCUCUGAGUGCUGUUGAUUCAAAAGUCGCAAAAGAAUUAUUUUAUUCUUGUAUUAAAGGUGUUUUAAAAAAUAAGACUGUCAUUUUAGUAACACAUUAAAUUCAUUUCACAAGAGGCUGUGACAGAGUAGUCAUUCUUGAUGAAAGUGGAUCUCUGAGGCGAAUUGGUAAUUUUGAUGAGCUACAUUAAGAUCUUAAGACACUAACAGCAGGUUAACUCAAGUUUGAAAACGUAGCUGUCAGUCAAUCAAUAAACUAAAAAGAAUAUAAUUAGAAUUAAAAAAUAUUAGCAGCAGAAGAUUCUAACAAAAAUUAGCAUUAAUCUAAUGAAUCUAAUCAAAAAGAGUAAAACAGUGAUGAUGAAUAGGAUGAAAUAUAAUUAGAAGAAAAACCAAAAUAAAAUUAAUAAGUAAAACCUGAGAAUGUUAAUGUUACAACUAAAACUUACAUGAAAUAUUUGUCUUUGAUUAACAAAACCUUUUUCUUAUUCCCUUUAUGGCUUUUUAUAUUCUUUGCAUGCGCAGAAUGUGCUUUCACAACUUUUAAUAGAUCUUUAGGAUAUUACAAUGAUACUGCUGAUGAUUCGAAAAAGAAGUUGUUUGGAUUUUGGAUAGGAUUUGCUUUUCUAUACAUGCUUCUCAAUGGUAUAAAAUAUAUGAUUUUAUCUUUUGGUAUUUAAAGAGGAAACAGAAGCCUUCAUAAAAACAUGCUUCUAUCUCUUGUAAGAGCUCCUGCUUUGUUCUUUGACAGAACUUCAAGUGGAAAUUUAAUGAAUAAAUUUUCAAACGACAUGAGUUUACUUGAUAACUUAUUGCCAUUUUGUUCUUGUGAUUCUAUUGAAAUAUUUUCUACCUUUUUAAACUUGAUGAUUACUUGUAUUGUUUUUAAUUACUACACAGUCAUUCCCUCAAUUAUUGAAGGCAUGUUCCUCGUCUUUUUCAUGAUGUACGCUAAAGACAUUAUAGUAAAAGUAAGAUAGCUAGAUCUGUAACAAAAAACUCCUGUUUUUUCCCACUUUAGCUCCACUCUUUAAGGUGUCAUAACUAUCAAAGUUUAUGGAUAAAACAACGCUUUUAUUUAAAAAAUGAAUACUCUAUGCAAUAACAGUUUAAGAGCCAAUAUGACUUUUUGGCUUUCAAGUAGAUUUUUUGGAGGAUAUAUUUAAUCAAUAGCAAUUAUUUGUGCAACAAUCGGAGUUUUUAUUAUAAUUUCUAUCCCAGAUUAAGAUGCAAGCAUAUAAGCCCAGUCAUUAACUUACUUUAUGCUUAUGAUAGAUGCCAUUUAAUGGUGUUUAAGAUAAAUGAUAACAACAGAUUCUGUCAUGAAUUCAUAUGAAAGAACUUCUUUACUUAUCAACUAACCUUCAGAAGCACCCUUAACUACUGAGUUUGAUAAGAGUUUGAGCAAAUAAUAGCAAAAAGCAACACAUUGGCCUUAAAAGGGUUAAAUAGAAUUUAAAAAUGUUAUUAUGAAAUAUUCUAAAGAGCUUAAUCCUGUUUUAAAAGGUUUGAACUUUAAUGUGUCUCAUGGUCAAAAAAUUGGAUGCGUUGGAAGAACUGGAGCUGGAAAGUCCUCAAUUUUACAAGCUCUCUUCAGAUUAACAGAAUCUGAGACAGGCUCAUAAAUCACGGUAGAUGGAGUAGAUAUUUCGAAGUUAGGCUUACAUAAACUUAGAUAAAAUAUAUCGAUUAUUCCCCAAAUACCAUUUGUUUUUGGUGGAACAAUAAGAAGAAAUCUCGAUCCAUUAAAUGAAUAUACUGAUGAACAAAUAUGGGAAGCCUUAAGAUGUGUUGAAUUAGAUAAAUAUAUUCUUUAGAAGUGUAAAGAUGGCAUAAAUACUGAUAUGACUGUCGCUUCAAGUGUUUUUUCUGUUGGGCAAAAGCAAUUGGUUUGCUUAGCCAGAGCUUUACUAAAAUAAAACAAAAUGCUAGUACUAGAUGAGGCAACUGCUAACGUAGACAUGGAAACUGAUAAUUUUAUAUAAAAGACUAUAAGAGAUAAAUUUGAAGACUGUACAGUACUAACAAUAGCUCAUAGAUUAAACACUAUUGCAGAUUAUGAUAAAGUAAUUGUUUUAAGUGAUGGAGUUGUAGCUGAGUAUGAUACUCCUUUCAACUUAUUAGCGAACAGUGACAGUGACUAAGAAAUAACCAAAAACACAAUCUUUGCUUAAAUGGUAAAAAAUACAGGUAAGAAUAACUCUGAAAACAUCUUUUAAAUGGCCAAAACAAAAUAUUUGAAAAAGCAGUUAAAUAAAAAUUGA